AUGGAGGACCUCAUCGACCAUUUGCCUAAACUACCUGAAAUUCAGCAGCAAAAACUAACUAUUCCUGAAUUCGACGAAAUUGAAGUCAAAGCAACUGACUCAGUAGAAAUUAAGAAAUUCAUACGUAAAGUAAAUUAUGAAUUCCUUGGUUUUCAUUGCAACCAUAAAGUUAUGGACAAAGAUUGCGACAUGGUUUAUAAAAAUAUUUCUGACCUUUACAAAUCCGAAGAAUUUAAGACAUACGAUAACUUUGUUUCAUUAGUUGCAAAAUGUGUUUGGGAAAUAAGAGAUAAAGAUAGAAGAGGCAAAGUAUGGAACGAACAAAUAAGACCCGCUAUGUUUGAGAUGAAGAGAGCAAUUGACGCUUUAGUUGUUUUAGCUGGUAAUGUUUCAAUGUAUAACGCAAAAACGAUGCCGCAAUGUUCAAAAUGUAAAGCAGCAAUAAGAAAAUAUAACUACUCAGUCAAAGAGAUAGAAAGAAUGCGAAACGACUAUGCAGACUUAAAGAAAGAAGCAGAAAAGCCAGCAGAAGAUAAAAUGGAUAUGUUGACAUUUCUUAAUAAAAACUAUCCAACAGCAGAAGAUUUCCUUCUGUCUGACGUCAAGAAGAAAUAUAAAGAGACUUUCGGCAUGAUUAAAACAUUCAAUGUACUAAAAGAAGAAAUAGAAGCUACGAAAUUGUUUAGGAUUUCAAAUAUACAUCGUACAAUUCAUGUAAAACGCUUGUGA